CUGCUUCACUGGGCGAGCGAAUCCGGAACUGACCGAGAGCAGCGAACCCAAGUGGAAUAGCUGAUGCGGACUGGAUCCGUGCUUGUGGGGCACCGGAAGUUCGGAAGACCAGGAUCGGCGCCGAGAAGAUCGCACCCACAAAACCCACUUCUGGGCUCUAGGAUCCUCGUGCUGAAGAAUCUCUACCUCGUGACCCUGCCAGGGUCGACGAUCUCCGAUGUAGGAAGGGCGGGGAAUCUCCGCGACUGGGGCCCUGUUCCCGUGUGUGCGGCCGCCAGUCGAUUUCGUGCUCUCAGGAGACCCACGGGAGCCCUCACCACGUCUUGUGAGCCACUCGUCGGAACUGGAGAGAAAUUUUCUCACAUUCGGACAAGACUUGACUUUGCUCUAAUCAUAUGUUUAUUUUGUUUUUUUGGCAUUUCUGGUCCCCCGGAUGUCCAUGAGUUGACAGUGUUUUAUUUUUCUGAACUUGUUCGAGUCCGGGUCGACUGGUACUUGUGCUGCACGGAUAGUGUUCGGAUCUGGAAAUUGGUUCAGAAUUGUGUCGGUUUCGGCGACUUGUUGCGUGCCAGGAGUGCACGGAUUCGGGGUGCGACGUGACGGUGGACGAGUUUUCGGUUCCGAUGUUGUUGGUCGUUAGACGGAUUAUGGGUGGAGAGUGAGUGAGGAGGGAUAUGUUGGAGGGUUGGAUUUGCACCCUGGUGAGAGGAAGGAUGAGCGGAUUGCUGCAUUAAGGGUUGAUAUCGUCGGCGCAACUGACGUUUGGUGUUUUUGGCUGGAGCUUCUCCAGGUGUUUAUCGCAUCCCAUUACAUAGCUUCUUUUUUCCAAUUUAGCUUACUGUUUAAGUUGACCCUGUUUGGUUUAUUGAGGGAAAGUUCUGUGGUUCGUACUCCUUUGAGGGACUUGAGCUUCCUUGCCGGUUACGUUAACCCAUGACUCGACAAUCACGGCCAAGCUAAAGGCUGACAUCAUGUCGUCUAUCUCUGUCUUAAAUUACUUUCGAGAAUGAAACAAUCAACUUGAUUGUGUACUACUGCUGCGAAUUUCCGAUGAGAGGGAUGAUACAUGUUCGGAAGAGAAGGAAUUAGAAGGAAUCGACAGAAUGGUGCAGUAGUAUGUUUGCCUCGCAGCUACCUAGAAGAUUGGCCUUCCUCAUUCUAUAGUGUAGAAUGCACUUUGCUGCCUAGAAAGUCGUUGGUGGCAGCAAUCUCACGAAAGAGAAGACUUCAUGCAAUUCGUAGGCUCUGUGUGCACUUUGUCCCCAAGCCCUUUGAAUACCGUGGUCGCUUUUUACGCUUAAAAUGCACAACUAGAGCCCCUGGACACUUCCCAGAAGUUUGUAUGUGAUCUCAUGGAGGGUUUCUUUAUCAACAUUUGAUUUGAUUUUCUCCAUUGAAUCGAGUGCUUUCUAGGGCCUCAGACUUUCAAGUCUAUAUUGUUGGUUGUAGACCUUUCAGUAGCAGAUAGGUGGUUAGAUGAGAGAGAAAAGAAGCGCAUGCAUCUCAUUGAAGACAGACGGGUUUUAUGGAAGCCACAAAGGAGAGGCUUAAUUUUCUGGUUUGUGAGCAUAUUAGGUCAUCGUUCUCCAUAUCAGAAGCACUUACAACUCUGUAAUCUCUGAAGCUAUACGAACUGCUCAUGUGUCUUAUACACUUAUUAUUUCUCGCAUCCAGUGGCCUUCACCAAAUCAACCAAUUCUGCGGCUUUCGUUUAAUCGAAGAGUCGGGUGCGGCCGAGCCGAUUUCUACGAUGGGCGUUCAUCCUAAUGGAAUCAGCUCGGUCAGGGACACAUAUCCUUUGAGUUCACUAAGUUUCGAAGAAUUGCAGCCCGAUGUAAAAGAUAUCCCGGUGUUGUCUCAUGGACAGUUUAUGCAACACAAGAAAGAAGAGGACUUCGCUAUUGCAGUGACGCAUUGCGAGAGAGUUCCUGGUGAUCCAUCGACCACGUACGCUGCGUUUAUGGUUUUUGAUGGUCACAAUGGAGCAGCGGCAGCCACCUACUCUAAGCAAAAUCUUCUCAACAAUGUCAUGAGUUGCACGCCACCCAAUCUUACAAGAGAAGAGUGGUUGGCGUUUUUACCACGCGCUAUGGUCGCAGGAUUUGUGAAGACAGACAAGGACUGGCAGAAACUAGGGAAAACAUCAGGCACAACAGCCACAUUAGUGAUUGUCGAUGGAUGGACCAUCACCGUAGCAUGUGUUGGAGAUUCACGGUGCGUAUUAGAUGCGCAAGGAGUAGCGACGCCGUUAACAAUCGAUCACAGGUUCGACGACAACAUUGAAGAGCAAGAGCGCAUUAGAGCAAGUGGAGGGGAAAUUGGGAGAAUUAAGAUUUCAAAUGGGGAAAUCGAGGUUGGCCCUCUUAGGGUUUGGCCAGGUGGUCUUUGCCUCUCGAGGUCGAUUGGCGACAUUGACGUGGGCGAUUACAUUGUGGCUGUGCCUCACGUUAAACAAAUUAAGCUUUCUCCUGCUGGAGGUAGGCUGAUCAUUGCUUCAGAUGGAGUUUGGGACGCUGUUAGUACAAAGAAGGCUGCUAGAUGCUGUCGUGGGGUAUCUCAACCAGAAAUUGCUGCUAAAUAUGUGGUGAAGGAAGCAAUCAAGGCCCGCGGAUUACGAGACGACACAACAUGUUUGGUGGUUGACAUAGCUCCACGAAAUUCUGAAGUGCCUUUUGCUCCAGCAGUCAAGAAACAAACCAACUUCCAGAAAUUGUUACGCUGCAUAUCGGUCAAGGAAGCGCAUAUUGAUUACGACCUCAACAUCAUGGAAGAAAUCUUCGAUGAAAACUCCCCAGCUCUGGCUGAAAGGUUGGGACCGGAUGCAUCGGUGCACGCUGGAAACGGUCUAUUCCUGUGUGCAAAUUGCCACUGCACCUUGGAGUCAGAUGCGGGCAUUUCAGUGCACGCGGGAAACUUCUUUUCACAAAUCGCCGGGAAUGCCUGGGAAGGUCCGUUUAUGUGCUCCGACUGCAAGACCAAACAGGACGCAGCAGAAAAGGAUGCCAAACAGGACACGAACCAGGGCAGUGCACCUCAACAACAAGGGGAGACUGGUCUUUCACCUCCUUUAACCUCAUAAAACACUACAACACAGAUUACGAAGGGCAUGACACCAGUACAUGUGCAGGUCCUGCACGCUUACUACGGGCAUGGUUGUGGAUAGAUAGAUACGUCGAGGUCACUAGAUGGUGGCAGUGUAGACAAGGUGAAAGCUCAGAAGUGCAUGUCUGGACACAUCACUGGAAUCACACUGGACUCAAGGGAAAACCAACGAAGGCCACUGCAACGAGGAGUGUGGUCUGAUCCACCAUCACAUUACCAGCACAGACGCUUCGAUGCAUGGUGUGGUGUGGGGUAGGUGGGUCAUUCAAGUCCAGAGCCAUUGCUCCUGGGGCUGAUCCCUGACUAGAUUGGGAGGCAGUGUUGAGGUGCGUGUUGCAGGACCCUUGUCGAUCAGAAACCUGGUGAUGCGUCUGCAGCAAUGCAGCAAUAUUGCAGCGUCAGAAGGGUCUGUGAAGAGCAGGUUUAGGGUGCUCGGGGAAGAUGCGGAGCCACAACUUGGAUGAUGGUUCCGAGGCCGACCUGGUGUGGGAUCCACCAUCACAGUGGCGGUGGUGAUAAUUCUGUGCUGGUAUGACCAGUAAUAUUAAUACUCUUUUUGUACAAGGAGAUUUGGAGGAUGCCGUGUUUGCUCUUCUGGUGGAACGCUUGUUCACCAACUCAGUUAUUAUUUAUAUAUAUAUAUAUAUAUAUACAUACAUACACACAUGUACAUACACGUCUGUGUGUGUGUGUGUGUGUAAUAGUACAAUAGUGCAAUGGUACAGUGUUGAGAAGUUCAGCAAUACUGUAUUGAAAGCUUUUUCUAAACAAAAUUCUUAUUGUGGAUGAAA